AUGCUCACGCUGCUACAGCAUUUCCAAAGCUUGUCGCUUUACGCUUCGUGCUGUAGCAGCGCAGCUGAAGCUCGAGUCUCAUUAUCCAUAACAGGUAGCAAGAAAUUCACGCCGGAGAAAGCAACUCCAUCUGAAACGCACAAGGAUACGACUGGUCAUCCCGCUGGAAUACAAGACACGGGUGUGCACUUCGAUCCGGAGACACGAGGUGGUGCUCACUUGAACUCGUCCGUGCAGUUCAGGAGAUGGCUGACCCUGCUUUCGUUAGAAUUUCUCUACUUCGAUGAUGGGAUCCGUCGGCCCGAUCCCCCUUUCGCAGGUGCAGGCCCGAGCGCUCGAGUCUGGCACAUGUACGCGCGUGAAGUCACCGCCUUUGAUGCCGACACUGUCACUGGUUGGAUGGAUAAUCUCGAUGUUUUCCUGGUAUUCGUCGGUCUAUUCUCAGCUGUCGUGACAUCCUUUCUCGUUCAAUCCGCACAAGGUCUUACGGAUUCCAACAAAAUCAACUCCUAUCUGCUGGGGGAGCUCAUCGCCCUUCAACGCGCGGCAGCACUCGGUAUAUCUCCCUACGACGUGCCUCCGUCGUCUUUCGGUCCAGAAUCGUUCACGGGCAGGACGGUUGACGUGCUCAUCAAUGGGCUUUGGCUCGCGAGCCUAACGGUAUCGCUUGCGUCGGCCUUGGUCGCUGCGCUGGCCAAACAGUGGCUCCAUCAUUAUGCUUCUAGAACGCCAGGAACGCAGCGCGACCGUGUCUUGCUACAGCAGUACCGCUUCAUGGCGAUUGAGAAAUGGCACAUCCCAUUCAUCGUCGGCAUGCUGCCCAUGACGCUGCAUGUCUCGAUAUUUCUUUUCUGGGCCGGGCUUGCGGUGUAC